AUGGGUGGCGGGGCCCUUUCCGAGUGCGGGUGCCUCUUCCUGGAAGUGGGCGGGAAGGGGAGGCAGAAGGGCUCCAUGGCCAAAGGUCUCCUCAUCCUCUGUGCGUUGCCCGCUGACGCCGGCAAGAGCUCCCAGGCCUUGUACGUAAAGCAGAUCCACUCACUGGUGCGACACAUGGCAGAGGAUGCGCAGGAGCUUUUCACCUUCUACGAGAGCAACCAGGGACUGAAUGUGCCAAAGCUGUGCCGAGGGAGCAAGUGGGUGGAGUGGCUGCCCCGGGGGCACAUGGCAGACCUGCUGGUGCCCAGCGCGCUGCAGGAGCUCUACGGGGCCAUGCAGCACAUGGACCAUGCCCUGCAGACCAUCUCACAGCACCAGCAGGACCUCAAUGCCCCCGGCUCCGAGCUCCUCCGGAGGCUUGCCAACACCCACCUGAAGGUGCGCGGGCUCCUCAACAACGUCGAGACCCUGCUCCGAGCCCAGGGCAUUGUGCCCAUACACAUCACCCUCCCCCGGAAGCCAGCAGUGACCAAAGUCUUCCAACAGAAGCUGGAAGGAUGCAGAGUCCUCUGGAGCUACUCUCACUUCAUGCGCAAACUGAACACCAGCCUGGAAGCCAAGGGGCUCCUAGACCUUCGAAAACCGCAACGGCAGCGGCGUGGGUCGAGAAGAGAUCCCAGGGCCAGUGUCUUCCCCUUCGUGGCCCUGCUCCUGCUGCAACGGAGGCUGGUGGCUGGGGGGGCUUGGCUGGUGAACGGCCCUGGCGCCGGCUGCCCCAUCAACAGCUUGUGCCGCUCCAACGUCUACGAGCAGACCCGCAAGCAGGUCGCGCUGCUCAACGCCACGGCCCAGGACCUCUUCAGCCUCUAUCUGAAGUGCCAGGGAGAGCCUUUCAGCAGCGAGACCGACAAGCUCUGCAGCCCCAACGGUUUCUUCUUCCCUGACUUCCAUGAGAACCGGACGAGCGAGAAGGAGGUCAUGGUGGCCAUGUACAAGCUCUUUGCCUUCCUCAACGCCUCGUUGGGGAACAUCACGCGGGACCAGGAGGAGCUCAACCCCACGGCCAAGGAGCUUCUUGACCGCCUCCACAACACCACCAAGACCACACAGGGCCUCAUCUCCAACCUCACCUGCCUGCUCUGCAAAAACUACAACAUCUUCCAGGUGGAUGUGAGAUAUGGGCCGAACAGUAAGGGUAAGCGUGCCUUCAAGAAGAAGCAGCAGGGCUGCCAGGUGCUUCGCAAAUACGUGCAGGUCAUCUCCCACGCGGCUCGCAUCCUCCUACCUCACCUGAGCUCUGCGUGA